ACUCCCCAUCACUGCUGUCAGAACUGCUGCUGCUGCUUCUGCUGGGGUCUCCUCUCAACUCUCCUCCUCCCAUCUGCCACUUUUGAUGGGGGGGCGCAGCAGUGAAGUCACAGUGAUGUCAUUUUAAGGAUGAGGGAGUUGGGGGCAAGGUGAGCUGGUCUUUGCGGUGAGUGGUGUGUCCCCUCCACAGCCAGCGUUGCCUGUACAGAGGCGCGGAGCGGCGAAAGAUGAUCAUCGUCACCGGCACCAAUUCAAGCUGCGACGCACUCUGUCCCUCUCCUCCUGCUCAGAUCUCGGGCUAUGGGGCCCUGAUCUGCCUUGAUCCCAAAACAAGCCUUCGCCACCACCACCACCACCACCACCAUGCCAAAGGACAGAAAAUAAGAAGAGUUGCGUUUUCAGGGCAGGUAACUUUGACCACGUGCCCCAAAGGUGAACUGGAUGGCCAUUGCGCAAAGGUGCCUCUACAGUAUGUCCAGCGGGGCCAGGGCGCACUGGACGCUGCCAGCAGUUAUUGUACUGUGGACUUCUCUCUGGGGGGUCGCCUCGUCCUACCCGAUUCCGAGCAGGACUAACGCCACUUUGCUGGAGAAGAAGUGGGAGACCCUCUUCUCCCGCUCCUAUCUGGGCAUAGCCGGGGGGAAAUCGGAGCUGAACUGGGAGAGUGACUAUUUGCAGGGCAUCAAGAGAGUGCGGCGACUGUACUGCAACGUGGGCAUUGGGUUCCACCUGCAGGUGCUCCCGGACGGCAGGAUAAACGGUGCACACAAUGAGAACCCAUACAGUCUGAUCGAAGUCUCCACCGUGGACCGAGGGGUGAUCAGCCUGUUCGGGCUGCGGGGCGAGCGGUUUGUCGCAAUGAACAGCAGGGGAAGGUUAUACGGAACGAGAGUCUUCGGGGAUGAGUGCAAGUUCAAGGAGACUUUGCUGCCCAACAACUACAACGCCUACGAGUCUUUUGUUUACAAGGGGUUCUACAUCGCCCUCAGCAAGCAUGGCCGCGCGAAGAGGGGCAACCGGGCCACCACCGCCAUGACCGUCACACAUUUCCUCCCGCGGCUAUGAGAGAAACUGGCAAUAACUCAGUAAUUUGCACAUGUGGAUGUUCUUCCAGGUAAUACAAGAAACGCAUAGUCAUGAUUUACACACACACACACACCAAUGGACUGCAUAAGAAGCCACAAAUAUUUAUUCUGUUUAUAUAUAUAUAUGUAUAUUUGGAUAGCUAACCUUUGUAUAUGUAUGCCAUACUGUGCUGCUUAUUGUUUUUACGGACGGGGGGCGAGGUGAAGCCGUCGCCCGUCUCACUUUACCUUGGUGCUUGCUGUAACUGAACUACGUGUCACUUCCUUUUUUGAGAUGGAUGAUGAGCUAUAUCCUGUGCGUUUAAAGCGAGUGAAAUGAAUCCUUUUUAUUACCUCAAAGAACCACGUCACUAGAUUAGGGGAUGCAUGGACUUGUGCUCAAAAUAUCGGCUAUAGUUUACCAUUUCUUUCAAACCGUGCUCGAUGGCUCCCUGCUCCAUCGUCGGUGACGGCGGGGGG